AUGCUCUGGCUCUUGACCUUUGCAACGCGAAUCCUCUUGGUUACGCCAUUUUUCGACCAAAAAGAAUUCCAUUUGACGAGGGUUACACCCUCUUACGCGCUGCACGGAACGGCCUUAGCUUGGAAGCAGAGCAUUAAAAUUUUCGGCUGCGACGACUGUACCUUCGUCAUUGAUUAUUCAAAGCCGGGCUGCAACGACACAACCGGGAAUGGCGAUAACCUGACAAUUUUGUGUUAUGAUGAUUUUCCUUUUCUGCUUGCUGGAAAAGUUCCGGAUAUAUCCGACUGCACGCAAGCAUGGUCCACUUGCCAGGAUUUCCAGCAGUUCCAUUUCCAAUGCACUUGGACCGUACCGGGCCCGGGAACCGAGCUGUCAUACCGAUCUGAAGUGACUAUCCCAGGAGAUUAUUUUGCCCUGUCGAUCCGAGUGCAAGAGUGGGCCGUCGACGAUGAGGACCUGUGCAUCGAUGACAGCAACGUGAUCAUCUUGCAGCCACUGACAUCACUGACUUGCGUCUCUAUAUUUGACCCCGAACACUACAACAAGACGGUGCCGUUCAAUUUAUUCCGGAUGGGAAGCCUUGCGGUAGCCGGUGCACUUUUGGACAUCUAUGCUGGCGGCAUUCCCGGGAAUGGGAAUGCGAAUUUUUUGGGUAGCGCUCUAACAUCGCAGGAAGACCAGCAAUAUAAUAGUUUUGAUAGUGUCGUCACUUUCAUGAACCGAGACUUCGCGGACAACGUUUUUAUUGUGCCGUCGAUGAACGAUGUUUUCAUCACUCCAAAUCCGACAACGCCCACCCUGCUGAGCAGCUUCAAAUAUCCGUGGAUUUUUGAGGAGGAUCGGGAAUUUUUUCCCGAAACGGUCAUCGGCAUCGACUAUAACGAGAUCCUUGGCACUUUGAUGUCUCUCAACGCGCUGGAUGACGGAAUCCUUGAAGUCGGAUUCACUGCUGAUAAUGAGAAAAUUACCAGCAGCAAAAACUACACAUCAAAGAACGCAGGAACUAGCUACCCAUUAAGGGAAAAUAUUAAGCAGCUAAAAUUCACUCCGUCAUCAAACAGCAUCGAUGGAGGCCUAGCCGUCCCGCGGCUUUCUGGGCAGGACCCGAAUUUUCUGCUGAACAUCGCGGAUAUCCGUUUUUACGGUACCCACUACGAAUUCAAUAAAUUUACGGCAAUGGUCGACAGAUUGGAUGCUGAUACGAGCAUCACGUAUACUGUUUGCAGCCUUCAUUCGAACAGCACGAUGAAAGAUAAGGCAGUCGAUUAUGAGGAUUGCAUGACGAGGGCCGACCUCAUGACGCAAGUCUUGGAUUGCUGCUCGAAGACGGGCGCUGCAUCAAAUGGCCAACAAAUCGAUUUUGACCUCCGAAAUCUGACCGAAUACUCCGUCGAACAAAUUAGCUUAUGGCAUAGCGCACGAUACCGGAAUGGCACCGCUGUUGAUUUGAAAUUUGAGCUCGUUGCCAUGCAAAACGUAGAACUGACACUGUUUGCAAUCUAUGUGAAUGGAACGACUGUGCAGCACAACUACACAUCAUCUACCGGGAUCUCAUCUAGCGAACUGUACCUUACUGACAUAAUGAAUAUAACUGGUGUAUUUCGGUUAUUUACCAACCACGGCCCCGACUUGGUCUCCAGCACCAACGACAUCGGCAAGCCCAGCGGGAAGAGCGCGCAAACU